UUAAAACUAGAGCUUAUGCCUUUUGUAUAGCUCAAGAUGUCCAGUGAGCAAACCUCAGAGAAUAUGCAGAAACUGAUCAAAUUUGACCGGCUCAAGUUCUCCGCUUCUGAGGACAAUAUGAUGCUGAAGCAGAUUGAGGCCACUCAUGAGCCUGAUGGGAGAGAGUUUGAUGUCAAACCUCUUCUUCAUCUUGUGGAGCAGAUCUUUACCUGUGCUACCCCAAAGAGCGAUGUCACUUUCGAUAGUUUGGACCUGAAAACAAAUGAUGUGGAAGCUUUGGAGGACAAGACCCACCAAGCUGGCUUCAUUUCCACGCUUGAAGCUUUGGCCUAUACCAUUGACAGGAUUUCCUGUGAGAUAAGAUGCAAGUGCUCUGGCGGAGAAGAAGCACAUCAAAGGGCAAUCUCAGUGUUGAACAUGGUAUCAAGCCAUCCAUGGGAUGCCAAAUUGGUGCUGACUCUCUCUGCUUUUGCAGUAAACUAUGGAGAGUUCUGGCUUGUUUUCCAGUCAUAUAACUCAAAUGAUCUGGCCAAAUCUAUGGCAAUCCUUAAACAAGUACCUGAGAUCUUGGGGCGUUCAAGCAUGCUGAAACCCCAAUUCAAUUCAAUCAAAGACCUUAUAAAAGCCAUGCUAGAUGUCGCCAAUUGCAUUGUCAAGUUUAGGGAGCUCCCAUCUCAGUACAUUACCACAGAUGAAUCAGCAUUCUCCACAGCCCUGGCUAAUAUUCCCAUAGCUGUGUAUUGGACAAUUAGAUGUGUUGUGGCCUGUGCUUCCCAGAUUGCUAGGCUUAAAGGGCUGCAGGGUGACGAGCACCCACUGUCAACUUCGGAGGCUUGGGAGAUCUCAGCCUUGGUUCAUAAGGUCAGCAACAUACAUAACCACCUCAGGGAUAAACUAGAUGCCUGCCAUAAGCACAUAGAUGACAAGAGACGCAUGGAAGCUUACCAGAUGCUUUUGGAAUUAUUCAAGACGUCCCACAGCGACAACAUGAAGGUUCUCAAAGCAUUGAUAUAUGCAAGAGACAACCAGAAUCCACUUUUUCAUGGAGCCACCCACAGAAGGGUUGACAUAGACGUCUUUAAGGACACACAUGUGCUUUUGCUCAUAUCAAACUUAGACAUCUCCCAUGAUGAACUUGAGGUUCUUGAAGAUAUAUACAGAGAGUCACUGAAGAAGAGGCCUGGUAUUCAGUAUGAGAUUGUAUGGCUCCCAAUCAUAGACCAAUCUGAUCCAUGGAUGGAGAGCAGUCAAAAGUUGUUUGAGAAUCAUCGGGCCAGAAUGCCAUGGUACACCAGGCAUGACCCUUUGCGCAGCCCUUCACCGGAAGAUGGUGCUGUGAUUACGUUCAUAAAAAAGGAGUGGCACUAUGGAAGGAAGCCUAUUCUCGUGGUUUUAGGUCCGCGAGGACAGGUAGUGUGCCAAAAUGCUCUCCAUAUGAUGUGGAUUUGGAAGGAUGAGGCCUUCCCUUUCACUACCUCAAGGGAGGAAGAUCUAUGGAAGGAAGCAACUUGGAAACUUGAUUUUCUGGUGGAUGGCAUUGAUCCAAGGAUUUCCGAAUGGAUAGCAGCUGGAAAAAUCAUAUGCCUAUAUGGAGGAGAUGACAUAGAAUGGAUCCAGAGGUUUACAACCAUUGCAAAGAAGGUUGCAGAAUCAGCAGGCAUUUCCCUGGAGAUGGUUUAUGUGGGAAAGAGCAAUCCAAAGGAACUUGUCUAUACAAAUAUUAAGACCAUAAUUGAGGACAAAUUGAGUCACCAUUUGAAAGGCCUGACUUCAAUUUGGUACUUCUGGGUUAGAAUAGAGAGCAUGUUGUACUCCAAAAUGCGACUUGGCCAAACUGUUGAGAAGGAUCCUACAAUGCAGGAAAUCUUGAAGAUGCUUAGUUUCGAUAACAGCCAUGAGGGAUGGGCUCUGCUCAGUAAGGGAUCAGAGGAGAUCACAAAGGCAAAAGGGGAUUCAUUUUUAACUUGUUUACGGCAGUAUAAUCAGUGGGAGGUGCAUGUGCAGAAAAAGGGUUUCCUGCAGGCACUGAAUGAUCAUCUUUUGCAAAUUCACCCCCCACAUCACUGCAAUCAAUUCGAGCUCCUUGUUGCUGCUGGGAUGAUUCCUGAAACACUUGUGUGCUCAGAGUGUGGCCGCAAAAUGGAGAAGUUCUUUGUUUACCGCUGCUGUGAUGUAUAAAUGGACACAUUAUUAAUUUCUAUUAUAAUUGUUCUUA